AUGGCCCCCGCCGCUGCUACCAGGUCCAAAAAAGCGGCCAAACGUGUCACCCCCGCCUCCAAAGUCACCAAAAAGACCUCCAACGCAGCCAACAAGGCCAACAAGGCCCCCAAGGCCAAAAAGGCUCCCAAGGCCACCAAGGCCAAAACACCUCCCCCCCGCGAGGACAUCCUCGUACACGACACGUCAUCGGGUACCAUGAGCCCGGACCAGGUGGAUGAAACGCCCCCACCUGCUGCCAAAGUAGAUCUUCAAGAAUUGAUAGCCCAGCUAUCCAAGGUCCAAGAGGAGCGAAACAAUCGCCAUCCUCACGAGGGCAGGGUUCAUAAGUCACGCCGCCACCACCGCCGCCACAGCCGCAGUCAUCGUCAUCGUCACUCGGACACAUCGGAUUCGGACUCAUCCGACUCUAAAUCGGACUGGGAGGAAAGAAGAGGGGUCCCCUUUCGUAAGAAGCCCUUUCUUAGUAUUGCUGAAAGGUUCCGAAGUGUGGACGUCAAGUACUUCAAACAAAUCUUCUUCGGGACCUUCAAGACCAAAAAUUUCGCCAAACUAGCCCACAUGCAUACUACCCCGGCCAAGGAGGAUAAGGACGUCAAUGGCCAUAACCACAUGAUGCACUGCUUCCAUGUGUACUCGGUAGCCGCUGGCCGCUUUGCACACGUCAGCGUGAAGGAAGGCUUGAAUGAGGCCCUAGAAUAUCGAUCCCUUUAG